AUGAAUUGGCUAAUACUAGCGCCGUUGGUAACACUAUUGAUAGUUCACGUAGAAUGUGUAGAUGUUAAAGUAUUUAAAAUUGGCAGUAAGUUCAAAAUUUUCGUUUUUCCCUACCCUAUGUUACUGCACCUUAUGUUGUUUUAUUUUAAUAAUAUUGUUAUAGCCGGGCCAAAUGCAAUCAGUAUAGCAGAUGAAACACAAUUUAAAUACCCAGACAAACAAGAUUGGAAUGGUGAUUUGGUCAAGACAGUCGAUUUACAAGACGAGUAUGACGAACUGGUACCUAGUCUACCUAGGUUUGAUGUUCACAAGUGGGGCGAGGAUGUUGUUAUGGGCAGGGUAAGGGUUAUAAUUUGAAGAAAAUUAACUUAUCUAGUUUUAAUUGUUACCCACAACAAUAUAAUUCAAUUUCAAAUGGUUGCCUACUACAAUAUAAUUUAGUUUCAGACCAUUUUUUAAUUAUAUUACACAACUUUUGUCUAUGAUAACAUACAAAAACCAAUUCUAGGUACCAAUAGUGACUCGACCAAAGCCUUACUGGUCCACGCCAUCCCCCCGAAAGUUAAAAGAAAGAGAAUUCAGUACCCCAGCUUCAGUUCUAGAAGCUCUCGAGGCCAUCCGGGCUACACGACCAACUCAUGGUCCAGCCAAAACUACCACACCCACUCCUUCAACUACUCUGGAGACCAUCAUUAUCAGUGAUGAGGUCAAAACAACCACCUCUAGAACAACCAAAACUACUACAGAAGCUACAACUGAGGCUACUACAACAACUAGACAAACCACGACUACUAAAGCGGCUACUAAAGCAGCUACUGAAGCUACUACGGUGAAGACUACAAAGACUACUACAGAGAGAACGACCACCGAGAAAAGCACCCCCAAACCAGUGUUUACCACGUCCGAGAUUACGAGGAAAGCAUUUACUAAGAGCUUUACUACGACUGAGCGGACUACAACUACAGAAGCCCCAUCUACAGUAUCCAGGCCGGUAUGGAGGAAUCCAAACUUUAUCAACAAAAACCAGGAAAUCACGGUGGGACAGUCACUUGGCACUGGGUAUGUUAAUAUGAUGAGAGUAGGGUAUGGUAGGGUAGGUAGGGUAUGGUAGGAGAGGGUAGGGUCAGUUUAGCUGAAAAAAUAAGUUUUUUGGAAGGGACACUUUUCAGCGUAUAAAAAAUAACCGCAGGCUGCAAAACACAAAAUAAUCUGUGAACGCAGCCUGCACUCUUAGAAGUGUUUUACUCAUGAAGUUAAUAACUGCACGGCGCAGCCAAUAGGAAUUAACAACACUUUUUGCCACACUGCGCUGUGCAGAUUUUAUGUUUUAUACAACUGCACUGUGCAGAGUAACGGUUGCUCAAGAAAGAACAUCUGCACAGUGCAAGAAACGCAGCCAUUGUGGGAAGGCUGCACAGUGCAAUCCUUCCAAACUGUCACAUCAAUCAAUUGUCGCAAAAGUAGCAGUCUUUCCGGAAAAGAAAAAGCGUCUGCACUGCACAGUGCAAUCCGUGAGAAAAUUGCUGUCGCGUCGAAAAUUGGGCGACAAUCAACAAUCUGCGACAGUCGCUUGCACCUCGCGACAUCCCAAUGAGAAUCGCAAUGUCGCAGGGUGCAAAGCUUUGAGACUUUUUUUUGUUGCGUUGCGAUUCGAAUGGCGAUGCGACAUUGUGUUGCGGUUGUCGCGACGCUCAACCACUGUGUUCAAUGGAAGGUUUGCGACAAUCUUUUUUUGACUUUCGCAAGUCUCCAGAUUUUUGCGACAACGGACCAAUGCGACAACUGGGAGCUUGCACUGUGCAGUUUUUCCAUUGUCGUUUGGAGUCGCAAGCGAUCGCAGGGGAUCUGCAUGGUGCAAUGGGUUGCGGUUUUUUUGGGGAUCGCACUGUGCAGAUCUCUGAUUCUUUUCCAGAAAGAUUGAUAUGCACAGUGCAGCGGGUUAAAUGAGACGUUCAAUUUCUAUGAAUUGCACCGUGCAAUUGUCAACUUCUUUAGUUUUUCCACUUUAGCCUUAUAAGAGUACAAACAACGCUUUAAAAACUUUUUUUAACUUUACUUUUUUCAGUACUGGCUCCUUCUCCUCUCGCCUCUUUCCAGAUACCCACGGCAAGACGGUCGAACUUAAAUUUGGCUCAACAACUCAACGUCCAACAACAGAACGUACUCAAUUCACGACCAAAUUCAACCCCAUUACCACCACAGCCACUCCACCAACACUGCCAAUCUUUAACCGACCCACUCCUUCGACUUGGAAUCGUUCUUGGUCUUCACAUUGGAAGAUUGGUCCAAAUGGCGAGAAGAUCGAUGAAAAGACUACAGUCACUGAAACCAGAGGUGAUAAGACUGAAGUCAAAACAUUCAAUGGAGGUAUUGAUCUGAUUCCAAAGAUCUUGCCACCUCCAAUCAUUCACACCAAUCCAAAGAGUUAUAGAGGUGAGUUGGGCUAAUGUAAUAUUGAUUGAAUUUAAAAAAAAAUUAAAUUUUAAAAGUAUUGUUAGCGACUUUUUCAUACCUUACUCUGUAGGGUAGAGUAAAGAAGGACGAGUAGGGCUGGGGAGGGUAAAACUAAAAAAUAAAAAAAAAUUUUAGUUUAAAUUCUAAUUUUAAAAAUUUUUCUUACGUUUUCAUAUUACUAAAUAGAAUGGAAAGUUGCCAAAAUAGGCUUUUUGUUAUUAUACACGUUUUUAAAAAAUUUUACAAAAAACAUGUUUCAUCGUAUAAAAUGGUAUACGCAGUCUGCAACGACAAAAAACUGUCUUUUCUUACAUUUUUGAAAAUUAAAUAAAAGUUUUUUUGAUAAAUUUAUGUAAAAUACGGUGCAGGUAGUUUCAAACAUGUUUCACCGUAUAAAAUAAUUAGCGCAGCCUGCAACUGAAGAAAACGGGAGUUUUUCACGUUUCUUUGCUAAAUACUAAAAUGUGUUUUUAUUAAAAUAUUGUAAAAUACGUCUAUUAAUCUUUAAAAUUUUUUUUUAUGUCAAACAUAAGAGAUUUAUCAUAUCUUGUUUUAGGCCCAACUUAUAACUGCCGUGUAUUGGACGCGGCUUCUGAUGGAAAAGCGACUGCUGACAACGAUGCAACUUGUAAAUUGGACUACCCAGGUAUGUUUUCUAACUAGAAAUGACUUUUUUUGUUUAGUAGGAGUUACGAAACUUGAAAUAUAACUCUUUUUCUAAAAGGUAUAUACAAUUUAUCAGGGUAAAAUUGAUGGUUUUCGGGGCAAAAAUAUUGUUUUUGGGCUAAAUUUAGGUAAUAAAAAUACAUUUCUGUGAAGUUUAGAUAACUAUAAGCAAGUAUUAUCAUUCUAUAUCUAUAUUUAAGGUAGAUAUUUAACGUUUUACUGUGUAUUUUAACCUAAACUUUCAUUAUGAAGAUUAAUAUUGCUUUCAUGAAGAAUAAUAUUGGCCUGUUUCAGGCUACCCAUCGGAUGACACCUGUAGAUGCACCUUCAAAGUGGAAGAAAGAGAUGAUAAAGGCUGUGCCAAAAGCUUUUUGUACACUUGUCGCAAAGUUGUUUUUGUUCAUUAG